GAUUAAUUCCAUUAAAUCUUAAACUUAUUUCGAGUGUACAAUCCAGUAGUUCCGAAUUAAGAAGAUCGCCAUGAAGCUCAGCAACUUGUUCAUCUUUGCAGUAGUAGCUACUGUACUAUUUUCGUCAUCAUCUUCAGGAAAAGCUUACGCUUUUACUGACGACUGUUGGAGAUGGAUGCGAUCAUGGCUUCCAAUACCCUGCGCUUCUAAUAAAGAUUGUACUGAUGUUUUGUCAUGUUCAAAAGAUGAAAGAUGCGUAAAUCCAUGCGGUUCAAUAACAUGCAAAGCUAAUGAGACAUGUGUUGCAAAAAAUCAUGCCGGUACUUGUUCAGUGAAAGAUAAGUCAUUCUCUAGUUGCGGAUGGGAUCCUUGUUGUUAUUUAGGAUGGUGACCAUUUUGAAUGCGAAAUUAUUUAAAAACAUCAUAUUAGAUCGAUUCAAUUUGUGAUACUUUCUUUGUACCACACGCUGUAAAAAUGCCAUGUGAUAACAACUUUGGUUGGCAUAGGACAGUGACGUCACAGGCAUAACAAAUAUGGAUUUCUAUCUAAUUAAACUGGCACAUUAGUUACUAACCUCCUUCAAUUUCAAUGAAAUAGCAGUAGAAUAAUUCUAGUAGACAUUUUCUUUAUGGUAAUUUUUAAGCAUUUUCUAAAAAAAUUAUUGUAUGCAUGUAACCCGUUGUAAAAAAUUCAAGUUUUUAUGAAUUUUAAGAAGCAAAUAAAAGUAUAAAAUAUAACGUGAACGAGUUGUGUACUUUUU